AUGAAAAUGGAGAAUGAGGGUGCAGUUUCCAUUUCCUUGUCAAAGUAAAGCACCCCACCACCACCACUUCCCAACCAAAAGACAAGCAAGCAGUGUCUACUUUUCUUUUCCCAGCUUUCUCUUUUCCUUAAAGUACAUCUCUUUCGUAUCCUUGUGUUAUUGAGUAUUCUUCUAAUAUAACUUCACUUGCUCCAUGCGUACUCCACACAGGAUUCUCUUACUAUGAAAAUAUUUUUAUAUGGUAAAGGCUCCCUCAAAUGCAUGCCAAUUACUAUUCCAAUGUGAUUCACUUCAUGGUUCUUCUUGGAGAAAUCCUCAUGUAUCUCAAAGGGUGUCAACAUGGAGUUAGUCAUCUCCAUCCAAUAGAGCAUCUUUUUUAGCAUUCCAAUUGAGCAUUUGGUUUGUUAGCAUCUACCACUUCAACUCUUAACACACAAAAUUUUUAAAAACGACUGCAAUUUCAGCCACAACGUUAAGGUUUUUAGACUCUCCCCGACCACAUUGACUUCAAUAUCAACCAUCACGGAAAAAUCACGACCACAACUACAAUUUAAAACCUUGAACAAAACAAUACAAGAUAGAGUCACCAUGCCAUUUGGUUUGGUCUCAGCUUGGAACAAGCGUCGAAGAAGCAAGUCUCAAGAUCAUUCAGACCCUUGGAUUUAUAAACCUGCAGAGUUUUGGCAGCUUGAAGAUCAAACACCACAACCUACAAAAAGGAGGCAUAGAUCAUCUGUUUUCACACUCAGGGAGAUGGAACAGGCAACAUUUUCAUUCAGUGAUGAUAAUCUGCUUGGAAAAGGAGGAUUUGGCAGGGUCUACAGGGGCACUUUGAAGUCAGGAGAGGUUGUAGCAAUCAAGAAGAUGGAGCUGCCUGCAAUUAAAGCAGCAGAGGGGGAGCGCGAAUUCCGAGUGGAGGUUGACUUAUUAAGCAGACUUGACCACCCAAAUCUUGUUUCUUUGAUAGGAUACUGUGCUGAUGGGAAGAAUAGGUUCCUAGUAUACGAAUAUAUGCAUAAUGGUAACCUGCAAGAUCAUCUGAAUGGAAUUGGAGAAAGAAAGAUGGAUUGGCCUUUAAGACUUAAAGUGGCACUGGGAGCAGCAAAAGGACUUGCUUAUCUUCAUUCAAGUUCUUGUCUUGGAAUUCCUAUUGUUCAUAGAGAUUUCAAAUCCACCAAUGUUCUUCUAGAUGCCAAAUUUGAAGCAAAGAUAUCUGAUUUUGGGCUUGCCAAACUAAUGCCAGAAGGACAGGAGACACAUGUUACUGCAAGAGUACUUGGCACCUUUGGCUAUUUUGACCCUGAGUAUACAUCGACUGGAAAACUUACUCUACAAAGUGAUGUUUAUGCUUUUGGAGUUGUUCUUCUGGAGCUUUUGACAGGACGUCGAGCUGUAGAUCUGAACCAGGGCCCAAAUGAUCAAAACCUUGUACUACAGGUGAGACACUUACUGAAUGACCAAAAGAAGCUCCGUAAGGUGAUAGAUCCAGAGAUGACUCGAAAUUCUUACACCAUGGAGUCUAUAUUCAUGUUUGUCAAUCUGGCGUCACGGUGUGUUCGUAGUGAGAGUAAUGAGAGACCUUCAAUGGUAGAUUGUGUCAAAGAAAUCCAAACGAUUUUGUACACAAAUUCAAAGGGUUUGGGAAUGGUUAUGCAUAGCUUGAGAUUGGUCUAAUCAAAUGAAAUCCCAAGUGUAGAUUCAACGAUUAUGAUAGUUUUCCAACCACUUAAUUAUUCUAUUAAUUAUUUGUAAGUUCUCCAAUCCAUGUAAAGACCCCAAAUUUGGAUAGCGUGACCAUCAAGUAUUUGGCAUUAAACGAAAAUAAAUAUGAGAAACAGAUACUUAUCAUUACUCAA